AUGCCUAAAAAUUUAUUCACCCCGAUUCAAAAUAUUUACUCACAAAUGAAAAGCUCAUUAAAUAGUGGUAAUAAAAGUAAUAACAAUAGUAGUAGUAGUAAUAAUAAUAAUAACAAUAACAGCAAUAAUAAUAAUAGUAAUAUAAAUAAUAAUAUAAAUAAUAAUAUAAAUAAUAAUAAUAUAAAUAAUAAUAUAAAUAAUAAUAAUAAUAAUAGUGGUAAUGGUAAUAAAAAAAUGAUAGGAAAAAAUGAUCUUCAAGACCAAAUCGAAGAAAGAAGUGAAAAAUCAAAUAAAAUUGUUCCACCAUAUCAAGUAUCAAAGUCAACCAAUAAUAAUAAUAAUAAUAUAAACAAUAGUAAUAAUAAUUAUAGUUAUAAUAAUAAUAAUAAUAAUAAUAAUAAUAAUAAUAAUAAUAAUAAUAAUAAUAAUAAUAAUAAUAAUAUUAAUAAUAAUAAUAACUUCCAAAUUGACAAUGACGAAUCGUCACAAAUCAGUCAACAACCAAUAAAUUAUCCAAAUAUUGAUAGUGAAGAGUAUAUUAACCAAUCAUUCAAUCCAACAACAACAACAACAACAACAACAACACAAAAAAUAAAAACAAAUAAUAAUAUCAAUAACAAGAAUAUUAAUAGUAGAGAAUCACCACUACUACCACCACCACCACCAUCAUCAUCAAUUUCACCAACUUCAUUCCUAACUACAACAACAACAACUACCACAUCAAUAUCUUCAGGUAAUGGUAAAAAUAAUAAGAAUCUAUAUUCCGAUGACUAUGAAAACUCUAUAAACUAUAAUACAUAUGGUGAUAAUAGUUAUAUUCAACCAACAUAUGGAAGUAAUUCUUUAUAUAAUAACAAUAUUAUUAACAAUAGUGCUAGUGGUGGUGGUAUUUCAUUUAAAAAGAAUACUAAUAAUAUUCCAGUGGCUGAUAAUUAUAGUGGUACAAAAUCAAAACCUUUGCCAGCAACACCACAAGCUUUAAAAAAUCAAACCAAUAUUGGUAAUAACAACAUUAACAGCAACAACAAUAAUAAUAAUAAUAAUAAUAAUGAUAUUAAUAAUAAUAAUAAUAGUAAUUCUAAUAUUCAAAAAAAGACAAAUUUAAACAGUAAUACAAAUUUCAAUGGUAAUAAUACUAAUUAUAAUAAUAAUAAUAAUAAUAUUAAUAGUUUUGAAGAGUUAGAAAUUUCAUCACCAGUUAUACAAAAACAACCUUCAAAACUACAAAAUAGUAGUAGUAGUGGUGGUGGUGGUAGUAAUAGUUUGAUUAAUACUAGAAAUAAAUCUAAAUCAAAUAAAAAAAUAUCAGAUUUUGAUGAAGAUCCAAGUGAAUUUGAUGAUUUUUUUGAAAUUAAGGAAGAAAAUGUAAGAACUUCAACAAAUUGUCAACAAUAUUAUAUUCAAUUUUAUCAAUCAUUAGAGAUGUGUAGUAAUGAAGCAAGGAAAUGGUUAGAAGGUAGAUGGUUUUUACCAGCCAAUUUUAAGGAUAUUAAAUGGAGUAAACCAAAUAGAUUCUAUUUUCCAGUUUAUGUUUUCACUUUGACUACAUCCACUUCAUUUAGUGCAACUUUUACAAUCAAUGAUGUCACAGAGACAAUCAAUAAUCAAAGAAUAACUACUAAUCAUGAUGAAAUCAUAUUUUGUGCUUCAAAUUCUUUUGAUCCCAAUUUAGUAGAUAAAUUAAUUAGAAAAAAUACUUAUUCAAAUAGAUCAACUCAUUUAUUACCUUCAACCGAUGAAUUAUCAACUUAUUCUGGUGAAAUGAUUUUAUCUGAAAAAGUUUUAACAAUUGAUAUUUCAAAACAAGAAAUUUGGGAAAGGAAAGUUAAACCAUAUAUUCUAGAGAGUGAACAAAAGAAAUGUACAGAAUUUGUACAACAAAAAUAUAAUGUAAAGAGUGUAGAGUUACAAAUGGUUGACCCAGGAGUUGAUAGCGAACGAUAUAUAUUAGUUUAUUUACCAAUUAGCUCUGAAACUUACCUUUAUGCUGAUAAAUUUUAUGAUACUCUAACAAGUGGAAAUAAAGGUAAAACUGUUGGUACUAGACCAAUUGGUGCUGGUUUAUAUGUUGGUGGUGCUUUAUAUAACACUGUUUCAAAUUUAACAACCUUAGUAAACGAUUCAAUUGGGAUGUAA